AUGGGCGGAGCAGCGUCGAAACCAGUCCGUCAAUUUCCCAAGUCUGUCAAGUCGUCACCGUCAUGGGCAGGUGCACGUACUCCCAAUCCUGGAGAAGUGCCCUCAUCCAGACCAAACAUUCCUCGUGCUAGCGAGACCAAAAACGAAGCCAUUGAGCGAGAUUCAAGAGACCCUCAAUUCAUGGCAAAUCUGAGCAAGCUCGGCGCCGUAAAGGUUGAUCAUCGCAUGCAAACUGUCCGGCCUGUUGCGGAUGGCGUCCAAAAUGCCUAUCGCACGAGACUGCAGUCGGAAGCCGAGGCGACCUCCGCGAAGCCCACGCGCAAUCGUCUCGUUGCUGCGUCCAUAACGGAACUACUUCAGGAAAGAAAAUCCUUGACCACACAAGAAGAGCUCGAGAAGUUAGCGGAGCGGUAUGGCAUUGACGUCGAGGCACUCGAAAAUCUAGCUAGGUUUGUGAACAGCCCGAGUGUGGACAAAGAUUCGGUUAGGAGGACUGUCAACGAGGAUGGGAUUGAGUCCCUCACCAUGAAGGCUACCUGGGUCGAUCCCGAUAUGCAAGAGCAGCAGCUGCAGAUUCGUAGCUAG